CCCGUGGCCGCCCCAGCUGCCGCGUGCCGCCCGUUUCCAUGGCUAUGGAGGGGAGCGGCGGCAGCCAGAGCCAGCUGAUCCAUCCGGCCGUGGACGAGGCAGCCCUGGCCGUCACCAAGAGAGAGCGCAAGAGAAGCAGGUACCUCUCCCCUCCCUAUACCGACACAGGCGUCCUCCAAGAAAAGAAGGCCGCCGGCAGCCAGAAGCAGCGAGAGGAGGGGCAACCCCAUGUCUCCGGCGCGGAGGUGCUCCCCACUCUCCGAGCCUCAGCGCUCGGGCAGGGUAAGGGGAUGGAAGCGGCAGCCCUCCGUUUCAUGGCCAUGGAUAGCAGGAACAGGAACAGCAUUUUCGUCGACGACCAUCCCGAUUCCCAUGCUGCCGCGGGCGGUGCCUCCCAAGACGAUGGUGUCAGCAAGCCUCCAUCAGCUGCUGGUGUUGGCCGCAAGAUGAUGCUCAACCUUAAUGCAGGCCCAGACGACGGAUCGUCCUUGGCCAAGAAGAGGAAGAGAAAGACGAUGAAGACCGUUGGGCAGCACAGCUAUGUCGGGAAUCCUGUGGCACUUGUGCUGGACUUGGCAGAGGGAACUCCGCUGCCCUCCAGGGAGGACCUCCUCUCCACUUUCAGCAGGUUUGGCUUUGUGAUCGACUCCGAGACCAGCAUCACCCAAGACAAGAACAAGCACACCGCGCGCGUGGUGUUCGCCACCAGGGCUCAAGCAGAGAGCGCCUUGAGCUGUGCCGCGACUCUUGGCGGCGCAUUUGCAGCACCGAGCGUCCAGGAUCUCCCUCCCAUCACGCCUCUUCCAAAGCUCCCUCUCACAGAUAUUAGGAACAAUCUUGGGAAGAUGAUCUUGUCCUUGUCGUCUAAAGCCAAGUCACCUCAAGAAGCGAAUGCAAAGCCGGCCGUGGACAGUCUCAGUCUUGUGGGAGAAAUGCAACAUCUUCUUGCCAAGGUUGACAAGGUGCUGCAAGCGCAGCGUGCAUCUGCUACAGAUCAUCAUGCAAUCCACCACUGACCAGUCUGUAUGGUUAGGAUGCAUCUAGGUCGUUCAGCUACUGACCCAUGUUCCUUGUAGCUGCUGAUCGUCAGUCUUUUGUAAAUGGAUCCUGAAAUCCACCAGUUCAGCGGCUGGUUUCUCUCCCCAUGCAUUUGUGUAAAUGGUAGACCUACAUGCAUCGCUGCUCUAUCUAGUGGUACUCCGCACUAGCAUCCUUU